GAAGACGAUGAUGAUGAUGAUGAUAAAAGAAGACGAAAUUUUUAAUAUGCUAUCAACAAUAAUAACAAUGAACAAUACCACUGCUGGUAACAAGGGAAACUUGGCACUUUUUUACUUCAAUCAUUCACGAAAAAUAAUAAAGAAGAUCAUCAGUGGUUACGCCUUUUCUCAUCUUCAUCUUCCUUGCCAAUCAUCUUUAUAAUCAAAAUCACUAUUCAUUUAACCAAUGGUCACUACAAUCAAUUUUUACAACUUAAUAAUUUACUUUCGCAUUGUAACACACAUUUAGAAGGGUUCUUUCACCCACUACCUUAGGUUGCUUUACUUGUUGCUUUUGUUUCUGUGUUUACUUUUGAACAAGAGCACCUAUUUCCCCUGUUUAAAUUGUUAUUAUAUUUUUUUUAAUUUACCACUUGACUAUUGCUGAAAACCAGCUAUUUACGGAUGAUCUUGUUUAAAUUGUGAACAAUAUGAAUGUAAAUUUUAUUGGAUUUAUAGUCUGUUUUACUUGGAUUAACUGUUUUCUCAACAAACCAGCUGAAUGUUUUUCUAGUGAACUUGCCACUGCAAUAACCAAUGCAUCUCUUGGACGAGCUGAUUUUGAUUUAGUUGUCCAAGCUUGGAAUAAAUAUCGUGAUGAGGUGAAAAUUGAUUUAGAUUUACUUACAUCAGGAUUGGCUUCACAACUGGAUCAAAUAAUAAUCAAAUCAAAUGUUUCUCGACGUUGUUCACAAGGUUUAAAAUAUCUUUUCGACCAAAGUGAAAACAAAAAGACUUGGGCUCUUCAAGCUCUAAACUCAUGGGGACAGUUUCCUCCGCCUGGUUUAAUAAGUGGAACGACUACAUCUUUUGGAUCUUAUGACCAGUGUUUGAACAUAAUUACUCCCAAUUCCAGUUUCACUGGUCAAUAUUGUACAGUGUUGUUUCGUCCAUUGUUACCUCAUAGACCUCGAUACCAUAAUAUACUUAAAAAACUAUCCUUAUUUGAAUCGAUACCAAGAUCGUCUGCAAGAAACCAUGUUGUUGAACACAUGAAAUCGAAGGCUCAUUUCUUUUAUUACACUCAAAUACGGAUUGGAGUUUGUUUAACUACUCACUGUGAUUUGGAAGAUGUUAAUUCAAUGGUUAAAACAAUUGCUGAAGGAAUGUACCUUAACGGAGAGGUUACUCGGUGUGAAAGCAAAUCGUCAGCCCCAACAAACCUAAAUCACCAUCAAAUAAUUGCUUUAUUCAUUAUACUCACUAUACUCAUGGCUAACCUUAUUGGUACACUGGCUGAGCUUCUUAUCAAACCAGAAUCACGAUUAGCGUCUUAUUGUUCAAUAUUAUUUGCAUUCUCCAUCCGAAGAAACUUUGCCUCGCUAUUUAAAAUGGAAACCUCAAAUACGGAAUUGAAAUGUGUAAACGGAAUCAGAACACUCACUAUGGCUUGGAUUAUCUUUGGACAUACAUCGGUUUGGAUUCAUUACCAUGCUUUUAGUCAUUCUUUCAAUAUUGUUGAUGUGAUCAAACCAUUUGGAGCUCAAGCCUUGUUGAAUGUAACCCUUUCUGUGGACACUUUUUUCUUGAUUAGUGGCCUCUUGACUUCAUAUGUGACUUGGAAAACAACGGACGGUGUUUACAAGAAAUUCAACUCUUUUGGAUUCAUUAUAUCUCGUUAUACUCGAUUAACGCCACUUUUGAUUGCAGCAAUUUGUUUGACUCUGUUUUUACCAUUAAUCGGAUCAGGUCCACUUUGGCAAGAAUUUGUCUCUCCAAUUGGUAAAAGAUGUGAAGACAAUUGGUGGAUUAACUUGCUAUACAUUCAAGCAUUUUAUAAAACCGGAGAUAUUUGUUUAUUACCAACAUGGUGGCUAUCCAAUGAUAUGUUAUUCCAUAUGAUAUCACUAUUGAUUUUGGUUCCAUUGAUGAGAUCUCAGAAGUUAGGCGUUGCUAUGAAUCUUUUCGCAAUAUCGGUAUUCACUUUAGUUUCAGCAUCCAUUAACUUCUCGCAAGAUUAUCCGCCGGCCAUUUUACCGACAUUUCCUCAAGUAGAGGAUUAUUGGCUUUUUAUUUAUCAAUAUUUUUGGAAACCUUAUCUUCAUGGUCCACCUUUCUUCAUUGGAUUACAUCUUGGUUAUCUUCUCGCCAGAAAACGCUUCGCAAAAUUAAAUAAAACUGUAUCUGUAAUGGGAUGGAUUAUUUCAUUGGCUUUGUUGAUUGUUGUCUUUCAUGCUCCUUACCCAUUGACUUUGGGUAAAACUUGGCCUAAAGCGGUUAAUAUGAUAUUUGAUUGUACAAAUCGAGUUUUAUGGGCUUUGUCUCUUUCUUGGAUGAUAUACGCAUCUGCUUCAGGUCAUGGAGGUUUCAUCGGAAAAUUUUUGAGUUUGCCGAUAUUCGCUCCAUUUGCGAAAAUAACUUAUGCAGUUUAUUUAACACACAUGUUUCUUAUUUGGACUUAUAUGGGAUCUCGAAGAGAUCUGACUUAUACCAGUACAUAUACAGGGAUUAACAUGUUUGUUUCUCAUUGGGUUCUGGCACAGAUUUUGGGUGCUUUAGCUGCUUUAUUAUUUGAAUCGCCUUUCUUGAAUAUCCAAAAGUCCAUGGCUAAACAAUACCAGAAAAAAGAAGAUUCUGUUGGAUUACAAGACUGGGAUAAAGAAGAAAUGAAUAAGAAGUCAUUGUUAACUAACAGUUGAUUCCAACAUAAGUAUUGUUUGAUACACUGUUUUAAUUAAUGUCUAUUGUUUAAUGAUAAAUUAUUCGACAUGGUUGUUUGUUUCGUAAAAUGGAAAGUUUUCAAUUUUGGUCAUUUCUAAAAAAAGAAAGAUGUCAAUACAAACUUGUUUUUGGUAUUACAGAAGUUUCCAAUGUAAAAAUAACUUAGUAAAAAAGAUAAAUAUUGAAUGAGUCGAAAUAUUAAAUGUCUCGCAAAAAAAUUGAAAUAAAAAUUGAAGAUUCAGGAUUUUGAAGAUUCUGAAGCAGAGUCAUCGAUAUUUAAAUCAUAA